AUGGUGUGUGGCACCUGCUGGCCCACUGUCAGUGGAGGAAUUCCGGAUGGAUCACCGGCAUUUCCUCAUUACCGCUAUGGUGGAUUGUGGAAAAACCGCAACGCCAACUUGAAAAAACGAGUGGGGAGUGGCAGGACUGCCAAGAAUGAUCACAAGGCAGGCUCAACUAGUAAUAAUGCCGCAGCAGAACUAUCCUUUUUACUCGAACAAGAGGAUACGGAUCGAUCCGAAAACGAACUACAGAUAGAGUGA